AUAAUGAAGAAAAAAAUGAUCUUAAAAAAGGAGGUAUUUUCAAUCCAAAGAAUUGGAAUGAAUACAAUUUUAAAAAAUAUUUUAGUGAUAUUCAAGUUACUAUGACCAAAGCAGCGUUUAAAAAUCCAUAUGAAGAUACGAAUUUUGAUUAUAUUCUGGAGAACAAAAUUGAAGAUGCUUUAUAUGAUUCAGAUUUAGACGAUGAAGAGAAAAUAGAUCUUAAAAGAUUUAGAAAAAAAGGAUUUUUUAAUUUAUCAUCAUGGAACGAAAAUAAUUUUAAAAAAUAUUUUGGUGAUGUAGAUGUUAAAACUUAUGGAGUAUUUAAAAUAUUAUUAGAGAUGAAAAUGAAACAAGAUCAAGAAAGAAAAAAUGAUAUUUAUUAUAAAUAUAAAAAAUUAUCAAGAGAUCAUGAAAUUUUAUUAACAAAAUAUAAUGAAUUUU